AUGAUUCGCCCUUUCACGUUUCUUCGCUUGGUCCUUAAAUCCCAAGCUGCACCAAAUACAUACAGCCUUCAUAUUCCCUGCUAUGUUAAAGCAAAUGCCUCUGCCAAACGAGCGGGCGUGACGGCUGUCGGAAACGACAGGGUGGAUGUCUCGACGGCGGCGGUUCCCCGCGACGGAGCAGCCAAUCUCGCUGUUUCACAGAUAUUUGCAGAGAUCUUCCAAGUCCCGAAGUCGAAUGUCGAGGUCAUUCGGGGUGCCAAAGCACGCGCAAAAACACUGUGCCUUACAGAUCUGGCGAUCGGAAACGAUAGUGAAGAAGCCUUCCUCCAAAAAUCAAUGCAAAGACUAAUCGACGCGGCUCAAAACAACGUUGCUUCAAAAUAG